CCUAGACUACCAGCAUCACAAUCCCUAUAUAAGCCCGUCCACUCAGUUUCAUUCUUCAAUCAAAUCUUGCUCGAAUUCAACAUUGCCAAGCUCUAUCCUUUCGCGCGCUCUCAUCCCCUGUUUCUAACAUUUUCUAUUGUUUUCUUUAAUUUUGUUAAAUAUUGAUUUUUUGUUUUGCUGCAGGUGUUAGAGUUUGUAUUUUUUUUUCCUUUUUUUUUUAUUUUGAAAUUUCUUGCAGGAUCUUUCUUUUUGGCUAUUUGCAUUUCGUAUUUUUUUGGUAUAUAAAGUUAUGGAUGCAGGAUCUUUGAAUUCUUCUUCAAACUUGAAGGGACAAUCUAGGUACCCACUUCAAGAACAACUUCUUCAGAGAAGAAAUUCUAAAGAAAAUUUGGACAGGUUCAUACCAAACCGUUCGGCAAUGGAUUUUGACUAUGCACAUUUCAUGCUAACGGAAGGGAUGGAAGGUAAGGAAAACCCAGCAGUGAUCUCACCGUCCAGGGAGGCAUACCGGAAGCAGCUGGCUGAAGCACUCAACAUGAAUAGGACACGAAUCCUGGCUUUCAAGGACAAACCACCAACGCCUGUUGAACUGUUCCCACACCAGCACUCCUCAUCUUUUAACCCUGUGAAAUCUGCAAAGUCUCGGAGGAACAUCCCUCAGACUUCCGAGAGGACAUUAGAUGCUCCAGACCUUGUCGAUGACUUUUACCUCAACUUGUUAGAUUGGGGUAGCAGCAAUGUUCUCGCAAUUGCUCUUGGCAACUCGGUGUAUCUGUGGGAUGCUUCAAAUGGUUCUACAUCAGAACUUGUCACUAUUGAUGAUGAAAUUGGCCCGGUGACAAGUGUAAAUUGGGCUCCUGAUGGUCGGCAUAUUGCCCUUGGGUUGAACAAUUCUGAAGUACAGUUAUGGGAUUCUGCUGCUAACAGACAGCUACGUACUCUGCGAGGUUGUCACAGAUCACGGGUGGGAUCUCUAGCAUGGAACAAUCACAUCCUAACAACUGGAGGGAUGGACGGUCAAAUAAUCAACAACGAUGUCAGAAUCAGAUCACACAUUGUUGAAACAUACAGAGGUCACCAGCAGGAGGUCUGUGGAUUGAAAUGGUCACCCUCGGGACAACAAUUAGCAAGUGGAGGAAACGAUAAUGUCAUUCACAUUUGGGAUAGAUCCGUGGCAUCUUCAAAUUCAGUGACACAAUGGCUUCACAGGCUGGAGGAUCAUACUUCUGCUGUAAAAGCCCUUGCUUGGUGUCCUUUCCAGAGCAAUUUGCUAGCCUCUGGUGGAGGUGGAGGUGAUCGGACCAUAAAGUUCUGGAAUGCACAUACGGGUGCUUGCUUGAAUUCAAUUGAUACGGGCUCACAAGUAUGUGCUUUGCUGUGGAACAAGAAUGAGAGAGAGCUUCUUAGUUCCCAUGGUUUCACUCAAAAUCAGCUUACUCUCUGGAAGUAUCCAUCUAUGGUGAAGAUGGCAGAGCUAACUGGUCAUACAUCUAGAGUACUUUUCAUGACCCAAAGUCCUGAUGGUUGCACGGUAGCAACUGCUGCUGGAGACGAGACCUUGAGAUUCUGGAAUGUUUUUGGUGCCCCAGAAGUUUCAAAGCCUGCUCCAAAGGCAAACCCUGAGCCAUUUUCUCACGUGAAUCGUAUCCGGUGAUAAGUUACGAGAAGAUGAACUGGCUUCCGCAUCAGUCCCAUUUCAUGAGCCACAAUGGAUUCUGUGUGGAACUCUUGCUAUUUGAUCUUUCAUAUGAGAUUUAUUAUUCUCUUAAUGUAUGCGUUUGGAAUAUCUCUUAUAUUCCGAUUUAAUAAAAAAAAAUUUAUCCC